AUGCACCUUCACUUCACCACGCUAUGUGUGGCUAUGGCUGCCAGUCGAGUCGCUAGCUCGCAUGCAGCGCCAUCCUGGAGCAACCCUAAGCUACCUCAUUAUCUGCCUGGAGUCCCAAUCAAGAGACAUUUGAGGUCGGACAAGCAAGCAGCAGAUGAAAGCGAAAGAGGCUCCACACCUAGUGACAUACUGCAAACAUCAAAAAAAAUUUUGCAGCCGGAAACUAACUUUUGGAAACAAGUAUACGACCUAGCCAAUAAAGACGUAACACCCGAGUUGCUGAAGGAGCAGGAACAAUUGGCCGAGUCAGUCGAAAGCGAGAAGGAGCCUAUAAUGGAAUUACUUGAGUUGCUGAAGGAGCAGGAACCAUUGACCAAGUCAAUCACAAGCGAAGAUAAACAGCUUGAGAUGCUGAAUGACUGGAACGAAAUAUCUGCGUCGUUCACAUCUCAACUGAAGACGCCCAAAGGUGAAGAAUUUAAGAAAUUGAAGGAAGGCGGGACGUAUGAGGCAAAGGAGAAUCUCGACAAAUUGCUGGAUGGCUGGAACCUGAAAAACGAGAAUUCCAACAGCGAGUCGAUGUCUACGCUUAAGAAGGGUAAAGAGCGUUCAACAGUGGAGUUGGGUAAAGAGCUUUCAACUGUGGAGAAGGGUAAAGAGCUUUCAACUGUUGAUAAGGGUAAAGAGCUAUCAACUGUGGAGAAGGGUAAGAGCUUUCAACUGUGGAGUAGGGUAAACUGA